AUGUCCGAGGUUGAAGAAAUCCCUUCAAACAUGAUGAAAAUACGUGCACAGGGUCGACCCUUCACCUUAGGGAUGCUCUAUGAUGCCUGGAACAAUGAACUGAUCCCAGGUGCAAUGUUAUGGGAUGAAGAAACUCUACAGAAGAACACAACUGAAGCCCAGCAACCCAAAUGUGAGCUUCAGAGCUUGGCAGUUGACACCACUGAUUCCAAGUCUUGUCUGCUGGAUGUUGAUGCUUCUCUGAAGGCCGGUUUCCUGGGUAGACUGUUUGAAGUUGGAGGAUCUGCCAAGUACCUGAAUAAUAAUAAGAAAUUCAAAAAUAAGAGCAGAGUAACACUUAAGUACAAAGCUACCACCAAGUUCAAGCAGUUGAAGUUGACACCUACAAACGUGGACGAGCAACAGAAAGAUCUUAUUGAGAAGAGCUCAGCAACACAUGUGGUCACUGGCAUCCUUUAUGGAGCAAAUGCUUUGUUUGUAUUUGGCAGUGAGAAGUUAGAAGCUGCAAGAGUGAACGACAUCCAUAGCAGCAUGGAAACUGUUAUGAGUAAGAUUCCAACAUGUGAUGUUGCGAUGAAUGCUCAACUCGAGCUCACAGAUGAAGAAAAAGCCCUGACAAACAAAUACUCCUGCAAAUUCGAUGGUGACUUUAUCCUUGACAGCAACCCUUCAACAUUUCAAGAAGCAGUGAAUACCUGCUCACAGCUUCCAAAGCUGCUGGGAGAAACAGGAGAAAAGUCUGUUCCACGGAAGGUCUGGUUGACGCCACUACCAAAUUUCGACUCUAAAGCUGCACAGCUCAUGAGUGAGAUCGCUGUUGGACCAGUGAGGAAAAUUGAAAAAGCUGUAGAAGAUUUAAGAGAAACGGAAAUGAGAUGCAACGAUUAUCUGACAGAUGAAGAGGUCAAGAAACUUCCACAAAUUAAAGAAAAAUUGAAAAAGUUCCAAGAAUUAUGCAACGAUUACAUAUCUAAGCUUCAGCAAACAGUUAAACAAAAAUUACCCUCCAUCCGUGCAGGUGAACUAGCUGCGAGCUCAUUGGAAGAACUCUUUGCAGACCGAGACAAGUCACCAUUCAGUCAUGAAAAACUAAACAAGUGGAUGGAUCAUAAAGAGGGAGAGAUCAAGGCCAUCAUGUUCUGUCUAGGCCUGAUACAGGGAACAAACACAAAGAUUGUCCAAGAUCAGUCAGAAGUAGAAAAGGAGCUUCUUGCUCCAGGUGUAGAAGAUGCUCUGUGCUUUGUCUUCACCUCUCUGGGAAGUGCUGACCCCUGCCUUGAUGCGAUGUCCAACCACUUGGAUUCGCCUGAAUCAGAAAGUACCAAUGAAGACCACUGGGACUUCUCAGAUAAAAUGCUAGAUGAAAUGAAAGAGAAAGCCAAAACCUUCCAUGAUGUUGCCAAAGGCCUGAAGAACAGCACGAGAUUCUGUUUCCUUGUAGCACCCAUAGCAAAUAAGAAAUACACAGGAGCAACCAUCUACCAUUACAAGGACGGCAAACUGGUGUCUGAUAAUUUCACACAGCCUGACAUACCUGAUGUGGAGGCUGUAAAAGACAGAAGAGAUUUAAUCUGGUAUGCCUGUGAUCUCACUCUGGACUCAGACACAGCAAACAACUACCUCAAUCUGUCUGAGGAAAACAAAAAGGUGGCCCAUGGAGGACGGCAGGCGUAUCCUGAUAACCCCGACAGGUUUGACACACAACCCCAGGUAUUGUGCAAAGAGGAUCUACACAGGCGCCAUUACUGGGAGGUAGAGUUCAGUAAUGGUCACUUUGACGAUGUUGGAGUGGCUGUUACAUACAAGAGAAUAGGCAGGAAAAGAGGUGGUACAGUGAGCAGGCUUGGACAUAACGCCUUGUCCUGGUACUUUGGCUUCCAUCAAGGGUUCCAGGCAUGGCAUGAUGGUAAACAGUGCUUCGGCCCUCUUCCUGCAGUUGACCACAACCGAAUUGGAGUUUAUCUGGACUGGCCUGCUGGCACUUUGUCCUUCUACAGCGUCUCCUUUAACACACUGAAACACCUGCACACUUUCAACACCACAUUCACUGAGCAUGUUUAUCCAGCAGCAGCAGUUUGGGUGAACUCAAACUAUGUGAGCCUGUGUCGGUUUUAA